AUGGCAGCAACAGCAGCAACAACAACAUCACCAGCAACAACAACAAUUACAAAAACAACAAAACGAGAAAAAAUACCCCUCACAGACAUCAUCAUCUCUUUCCUCUCUUUUCUCCUCCUCACGUCUCCAGCCGCCAAUGCAUACGGGGUAGGGGCCUCUUAUAAAUCAUGUGACACUCUGGAACCGGAACACUAUGGGGCGUCCGCCAAAGACCCCAACAUCACCCCAAACCCCUACAUUCUCGAAGUUAUCAACGGUGCAGUGUUGAGCGAGUCAGGCAGAAUCUUAUACAGACCCGGUGAUCUUGUUACAUUCAGAUUGGCAGGCGAGCGAUUCCGAGGUUUCAUGUUCCAGGUCAUGGAUGAGAUAAGUAGGACCCGAGGUAGAUUUGUCUACGUCCCCGAAGUUGCAAAGACCAUGAACUGCAAGCAUGACCACGAUACCAUCACCCACAACAGCGCUCUAGUCAAGGAAGAACUCUACUUUUUCUGGCAAGCCCCUGAUAACGAAAGGAUCAGAAGGCUUUUUCUGAGAGGUAGCGUUGUGAGAUCGGAGAUGAUAUACUGGAUGGACUUUCAGAUCGAAUUGAUCAACCAUCUUUACCUCCACGAAUAUGAAGUUCCGAAAUUGGGGUCUUCAGCUGGAGUUGGAUAUUUUUCAUCCAGCUCCGAAAUCUUGGUUAAAUUUUUCGUCAAGAUUCUCGACUUGCCAACAUCAUUAUAA